GGAGGCUGCGUCUGGCUCGCGCUCUCACAGCCAUUGCAGUACAUUGAGCUCCAUAGAGACAGCGCCGGGGCAAGUAAGAGCCGGACGGGCACUGGGCUACUCUGUGCGGCGCUGAGGGUGAGUCUGGGGCAGCGCCGCGGCGGGGAGAGCGCCCCGGGCAGCUCCGAACCCCACGCGGGAGCCAGAUCCCCGCGGCCCGGAGCCGGCGGGUCAGGAUUCACACAAAGGAAAAUAAUCAAAAAUGGGCAAAGGUGAUCCUAAGAAGCCGAGAGGGAAAAUGUCUUCAUAUGCCUUCUUUGUGCAAACCUGCCGGGAGGAACACAAGAAGAAGCACCCAGAUGCUUCUGUGAACUUCUCAGAAUUUUCUAAAAAAUGCUCAGAAAGGUGGAAGACAAUGUCAGCUAAAGAGAAAGGAAAAUUUGAGGACAUGGCAAAAGCUGAUAAGGUUCGUUAUGAAAGAGAAAUGAAGACCUACAUACCACCUAAAGGAGAAACAAAAAAGAAGUUUAAGGAUCCCAAUGCACCGAAGAGGCCUCCUUCGGCAUUUUUCUUAUUCUGUUCUGAGUAUCGUCCAAAAAUCAAAGGGGAGCAUCCUGGUCUUUCUAUUGGAGAUGUGGCCAAAAAAUUGGGAGAAAUGUGGAAUAAUACUGCUGCAGAUGACAAACAACCUUAUGAAAAGAAGGCAGCUAAACUGAAGGAAAAGUAUGAAAAGGAUAUUGCUGCAUACCGAGCUAAAGGAAAACCUGAUGUGGGUAAAAAGGGAGGCGUUGUCAAAGCUGAGAAGAGCAAGAAAAAGAAGGAGGAGGAAGAAGAUGAGGAAGAUGAAGAAGAUGAGGAUGAUGAUGAAGAAGAUGAGGAGGAGGAAGAGGAAGAUGAUGAUGACGAUGAAUAAGUUUGUUCUAGAGCAGUUUUUUUCUUGUCUAUAAAGCAUUUAACCCCCCUGUACACAACUCACUCCUUUUAAAGAAAAAAAAAAUUUGAAAUGUAAGGCUGUGUAAGAUUUGUUUUUAAACUGUACAGUGUCUUUUUUUGUAUAGUUAACACACUACCGAAUGUGUCUUUAGAUAGCCCUGUCCUUUAGUGGUAUUUUCAAUAGCCACUAACCUUGCCUGGUACAGUAUGGGGGUUGUAAAUUGGCAUGGAAAUUUAAAGCAGGUUCUUGUUGGUGCACAGCACAAAUUAGUUAUAUAUGGGGAUGUAGUUCAUUUUCAUCUUCAGUUGUCUUUGAUGCAGCAUAUGAAAUAAUUGUUGUUCUGUUAACUGAAUACCACUCUGUAAUUGCAAAAAAAAAAAAAGUUGCAGCUGUUUUGUUGACAUUCUGAAUGCUUCUAAGUAAAUACAAUUUUUUUUAUUA